AUGGCGACGGGUUCUGGAAGUCUGUGGGGCCCCUUUUUGUUCAAGCUUCCCCUUGCUGGAGAUUUGCAAGAGUACUAUCAAGAAGUCACCAGUUUCAACCGCUUCAACCAAGGCCGAUACGGCAAGAUCAAGUGCUUGCCGUUCAACAUGAACAUCAACGGGGUGACGGAGACAUUCGAAUGGAGAGCAACGAAGGCCAAGGAGCGCAGGCUACGCCAUUGGUGGAGACGCCAACCCGUACACGAGCUUGUUCGGAUAAAAAACCUCAAUCCCAGUGCUAGGGGCAAGCGAAGGAACAGACCAGUCGGUCACAGCUCCGACGGCGGCGAGAUUGUUGCUAUGAUAAAUGAAACAAGGCACGCAUUCGAGAAGGGAUUCGAAAUCACCUUCUUCGGAACAGGGCUGAUGGGCGUUUUCGGGGCGAGGUGGGAAACAAUGGUGGUUGUUACGGGAAUCACAGUAUGGCGAGUCAGAUAA